CAAACAAACACAAAAAUUCGUUAACCCAUAUCAUUGUGAUAAAUUUUUGUUAGGUGAAUACUUCUAUACUAACCGUAAGAUAAUUGUCUUAGUUGCAUGUAUUUAUGUUAAGGGUCAACUAUAACUAUGUGUUGAUUGUUAUGUUUUCAUUCUAUAAAUUGUGAAUUGAUAAAUUAACCGAAGUUUUCUCACUUAAAGAUAAUGUAAUUUUAUGUUGGUUAAUCUGGUUAACCAAUUAACCAAAUUGAUUAAACUUUAAUUUGGUUAAUUUGGUUGUUGUAUUAGUUUGGACGGUUUGAUUAUGAUAUUGUAUUCCAUGAUUAAUGAAAUUUAGCUUUAUUUGGUUUGAUAAUAGCCAUGGUAACCAUUUGAACACCCCUAGGUCGAACUGCUUCCACAAAGAAGGGCACAUGGCGGAUAAGUGCCACGUGUCGAACACGCCGUACAUGGUGAUAUUCUGGUGCAUCCAGCUGGUGCUUAGCCAGAUCCCCAACUUCCACAAGCUGUCGUGGCUCUCCAUUGUCGCCGUCGUCAUGUCUUUCGCCUACUCCUUUAUUGGAUUGGGUCUCUCCGUCGCCGUCGAGUCUCGAUUGCCUUGCAAGACACCCUGAAAUCAAGCCCGCCGGACAUGGCUGAAAAUAUUGAGCUGGACAUGCCUGGCAGUGUCGCUUGUUGCAGCGGCUGGAUCUGUGGAAGGCCUAAUCCAGUCUGUGAAAACAUACCAACCUUUCAAAAGUGGAGAAUAAAGAAACUUACCAUCU